CUCCCUCCCGCCAUGGACGUCCGACAGAAACAAGCGCUGCUGGUCGUUUGCGCGAUGAUCUCCUCGGAAGGAAGACGCGAGAAGAAGAAGAAACGAGUUUGGGUGAAGGAGUGGAGCGGCGGACGUGUGCAGCCCGGACUGUCUCUUCUGCAGAGGGAGCUGGAGACCCAGGAGCAGACUGGCUUCAGGAAGCUGCUGCGCAUGACCGCAGAGGAGUUCGAUCUGUUGCUGGCGAUGGUCGAACCUCUCAUAACCAAACAGAACACCAAGAUGAGACUGGCCAUCACCCCCAGAGAGCGACUCUCCCUGACGCUGCGCUUCUUGGUGACAGGAGAAACCUUCAAGUCUCUGCGGUUGCAGUACAGGAUUGGAACCAGCACGAUUUCACAGAUCAUCAUGGAGACCUGUGCUGCUCUGCACCGGGUCAUGAAGAAAGACUUCCUGAAGACACCAUCAACAGCGGCAGAAUGGCGGACAGUAGCCCAGGACUUUGAUUCGAAAUGGCACUUUCCACAUUGCCUUGGGGCGCUGGAAUGCAAACAUAUCCACAUUCAACCUCCAGGAAGAAAUAGCAGCCUUUACCACAACUACAAGGGCAACUUGUCGCUGGUGUUGAUGGCGGCUGUGGACGCGGACUACAAAUUUAUCUAUGCAAGAGUGGCUACGCAGAGCAGAGAGAGACACUGGACUGUUCGAAGACUCGGAUCUCCGUAG